GCCGCCGCGUCUCUAUGGAAACGGCUCCUUUCAUGCAGUCAUUAGCACGAUGGCGGCUGGGGAACCCGGGGACUUGGGCGGCUACUACUUCAGGUUUCUGCCUCAGAAGACCUUCCCAUCUCUGAGCGCCUCAGACACCACCAGCCGGCUCCGCCAGUGGUCCAUGCUGGGCAGAAUCAAGGCCCAGGCGUUCGGGUUUGACCAGACCUUUCAAGCCUAUCGGAAGGAUGAUUUCGUUAUGGCUUUUUUCAAAGACCCAAAUGUUAUUCCAAAUUUGCAGUUACUUUCAGAUUCUUCUGGACAGUGGAUUACAUUAGGAACUGAAGUGAAAAAAAUUGAAGCUAUAAAUGUUCCUUGCACACAGCUUUCAAUGUCAUUUUUUAAUCGGUUAUAUGAUGAAGAUAUUGUAAGAGACAAUGGUCAUAUUGUUAAGUGUUUAGAUUCUUUUUGUGAUCCAUUUCUCAUUUCUGAUGAGUUACGAAAAGUUUUGCUAGUGGAAGACUCUGAAAAAUAUGAAGUAUUCAGGCAACCAGACAGAGAAGAGUUCCUGUUUUGUCUUUUUAAACAUCUUUGCCUUGGUGGAUCCCUUUGUCAGUAUGAAGAUGUGCUUAAUCCAUACCUGGAAACAACAAAACUUAUCUAUAAGGAUCUGGUGAGUGUUCGAAAGCAUCCUCAAACCAAGAAAAUACAAAUUACUUCUUCUAUCUUUAAAGUCACAGCCUAUGAUUCUACUGGUGUGUGCUACCCUUCAACAAAGAACCAUGAACAGACAUUUUCUUAUUUUAUUGUGGAUCCUAUCAAGCGUCAUGUUAAUGUUUUAUACCAUUGUUAUGGUGUAGGGGAAAUGUCUUAAAUAGGUUUUCAGAUUGCCUUUCUACUAUUUUUAACUUAAUAUUUUUCUAUUUCAAUACUAAUUUAUAGAUAUUUACUUUGCAUAAUAAUUCAAGUAAAAUGUUGAAUUUGCUUAGAACAGAAGAAAGCAAACACCAAGAUGCCUUUCUCUGAAUUUGUCUGGCACACUCACACAGGAAUCCCUAAUAUAAUCUAUGCAAAACAGUUGUGGAACUUUUAUAGAAAGUUACAAGGAACUAAAUAUCUAGUUCAUAUUUGUUGCAUUUAGAUUCAAGUGAGAAGAUUUUCCAUGCAUUUUAUUUUAGAAACUAAUUCUGGAUUGGAAUUGUAGCAGGAAACUAAACAUCUCUACCACCAAUUAUUUAUAUGAAGCGUUCUCCUUUCCAACUUGCAUUUAAUUUGGUUACAUUUUUUCAUUGCAUUUAUGUAUCUAGAAUUAGGAAAAGCAUAGUAAUAUUUUUAUUUCAUUUGUUCUACUUUAAAAUCCUCAAUUCAAAGAAUAAUGUUCUGAAAAUUAUUGUAAGCUCUUUUUAUCACACAAUAAAUUAAAACUGCAGCGACCCAUAGCUAAUAAAAAAAGCUACAUGUAAACAUAGAAAAUUGCCCUGAUGGUAUUAUUAAGCUGGCAAAAGAAAUGAGAAGCAAAUUUUCUUGGUACUCUCUCUGAUUACAUUCAUCAGGUGAAUGUAAAACUUAGAUUUCUAUUUUUAAACAUAUGAUUAACAUAUGUUCCAUUGAUGAUGGGAAGCUUUCAAGAAAUGUUGAAGCCAGAUGCAGUAGCACAUGCCUGUAAUCCCCGCAGCUGAGGAGGCUGAGGCAGAAGGAUUUCUAAGCCAGCCUCAGCAAAAGAGAGGCACUAAGCAUCUCAGUGAGAGCCUGUCUCUAAAUAAAAUACAAAAUAGGUCUGGGAGGGGCUGGGGCUGUAGCUCAGUGGUAGAUCACUUGCCUUGAUAUUCAUGAGGCCUUGGAUUCAAUCCUCAGCACCAUAUAAAAUAAAGGUAUUGUGUCUAAAAUAGGGCUGGGCAUAUGGCUAAGUGGCUGAGUGCCCCUGAGUUCAAUCCCCAGUAUCAAAAAGAAAAAAGAAAGAAAUGUUGAGACUUUGAAGAGGAGCAAGUUUAGAAUAUGUGUUUCUGUGUUUUAGGAACAAGGAUGAUAAUCUUGGAUUUGAAUCUAGAAGGAAGCAUGGCAACUUGGGUAUAGAGUUAAGGAUAGAAAGUUUGUUCUUUCUUAAUACCUAGAAGAAUGAGAAAAAUGACUUGGCACAUUUAAUGUUUAUUGAAUGAUAUUUUGAUAUAGAUUGUAUAUGCCUAAUCUGAUAUGGCACUGAAACUAUUUCAGAUUUCAGAGUUUUUUGUGUUUUGGAAUAUUUGCUAGUUGCACAUUUAAUCCAAAAAUCCAAAAUCCUAAAUGUUCCAAAAUGUAAAACUUUUUUGAGUGCUGACUUUGCACAGAAUUUCAAAUUUCAUAGCAUUUCAGAUUUCAGAUUUGUACACUAGGGAUAUUUAACCUCUAAUAUCCACAGAUUUUUUCCCCUGAAUUUCUUUUUUUAAAUAAGUUUCUUAAAUUUUUUAAUCAAUAUAUAGUAAUUGUACAUAAUUGUACUGUUCAGGGAACAGUAUGACAUUUCAAUGCAUGUUUACACUUCCUAAUGUUAAAUUAUAUAAAAACAAAACCAAGAACUAAAUUUGUCUUUGCUACCAAUCUUGCUGCAAAAUACAUAAUCUCCUAGGACCUGAGAACCCUCUCAAUCAAUUGAACAAUUAGUAAUUCUUUUUUAAUACCAAGUCUAUGCAAGACAUUGUGCGAUUUACUUUAGGGAUCCAUGCAUGUGCAUUCCUUAUAAAUCAAGUAGGGAAGGUAAUGACUAAGAGUGUUACUAUAGACAGUUAUUGUUACAUGAAUACAGAGAGGGCAGAAAUCAAUGGGAGUGGAACUUUAGGGCUCAGUCUGGCUUCUGUGAAAGGACUGGUAGGUUUUCUACAACUGAAAAAGAGAAGUUCAGGGUAGCGUGAGAUGAGGCAGGAUGUGCUAAGCCUGACUAUGGGAUGAAAUUCCAGAGGUAAAAGAUGGGAAACUGAGAAAUUGUCAAAUUGUCCUCUCAGCUCCAAAGCAGGAAGUAGAAUGCAUCUUUGAGGAAACAUUGCUCCAUUGUUUGGGGGAAAUCAGUUUAAUGAACCUUCUAUGAUUAUGCAAAUUAUCUAAAUGGAGAGGAAUAAUAGGAGGGUGAUAAAAAAGUUUGGGAUAGGCUAUCAGAUUGCCUGAAUUCUUACUUAAUUCUGCUAUUACUGUGUGACCUUGAGCUGAUUACUUAAGCUUUCUGUGCUUUAUUUGCCUUUACUAUAAAAUGGAGAAAAUAGUAAAGCUCCCUCUGAGUUAAUUUUGAAAAUUACAUAAAUUAGUGCAUAUAUAUUGGGCUUAUAGUGGUGCUAAGCAGUUUAAGUUUUCAUGAAUUUUGGCUGUAUUCAUUCUCUACUGAGGAAAUAUGAAAAAAUAAGAAACCAAACUGUAUAAUAAUGUAAAAAGUUGUCAUUCUUGGGGUCAAAAUGCUUUUCUACAGAUUGCAAUCACCUUGACUAGAUAGAGGGGAAAUUUGGUUUAUCCUCCAUGUUUGGAUCCCAGAAAAUAUGAAGACCCUGAGUGUGGACACCAGAAUGGGGGGGACAUUGUUUUCAUUUGUUUGUUGUUUUAUUUUCUUACCUGAGAAAUGUUUUACUAAUUUGUUUAAUAUUUAUUUCUCAUGAAAACAGGGCUUUUGUCUGUUUUCUUAUCCCUUGUAUCCCCAAGGCCUAGCAUAGUAACUGGCACUUGAAAGAUACUCAGUAAAUAUCCAUUUUCCAGCUGACAAGAGUUCAUUGGAGGAAGAGAAGCUGGCCCUUGAAGUAUGACUGUUGCUAGAUGGGGAGUGAGGAAAGGGGAAAGACUGGCAAUGGAAAUCAGGGAACAUCAGUAUGGAACCCUCUUUGCAGGUGGCUGGCCAGUGAACUCUAGCAACCCUUAUAUCUAGAUUCUCAACUUAAGUUUUCUGUACAGUAGCCCCCUAGUUAUUCUAAACUUGUUAAAUUUUGUGAACUAUUAUAGCCUAGAUUUAGCUGUACAGCGUGGGAUUAGAUGUGCAGCCUGGGACUAUGCCUGGGUCAACAUUGUCCCUAGAGAACAGCAGCAGCAGCCUGUAGAAGCUGGCUUUGUAAAAGCAAGCUCUCAACAACUGAGGGUAAAAGUUUUUCUGGAAUGAGACAACUGACUAUGUGACAAUUGACAUCACAAGUGUCAUGUAAGUGGUUUUCUGGGACUUGAGAACAUUCUUCAGAAAUUCCAAAUAUUACUUAAUGAGAAAUGUCUCCCAGAACUCUAAUUUGGAUAGUAAAAAGAUUUAGGCUGAAGGCUAGAAAAUCUGGACACAUAGGUCCCAUAAGCAAAAACAAAAACACACAUUGUGGUUUGGGGACAUAAGCACAUGUCAGUAGGUGAUUAAACUGAGUAAUCCUCUUCAGGAGUUCUGGAUACCGCCAGGAAAAGAGACGAACCUGUUUACUGAAGCACAAAACUAAGAAAUUUAAAUCCUUUUAAAUAUAUAAUAUUUACCAGUAAUCAGAGCUUUUUGAGCAGGGGUAGUAAUCAUGUGAUAUUCUGGAAAAAUUAGACUGGCAGUGAUGACUUGGGGUUAAGAAAGUCCAGUGACCAAAUAGAAGAUUAUAGUAGUAGUUAAAACACCAAAUAACUUAUCUGAGUUAAUGACAAUGGAAUGUUCUCUGGGUAUCAUGAAUUAUGAGACAAUGAAAUGCUCAUUAGAAAAAGAAAAAAAACGGGCUGGAGGUGUGGCUCAAGCGGUAGCGUGCUCUCCUGACAUGCGCAAGGCGCUGGGUUGGAUCCUCAGCACCACAUACAAAUAAAAUAAAGAUGUUGUGUCCACCGAAAACUAAAAAAUAAAUAAAUAUUUUAAAAAAGAAAAAAACAACGCAAGAAAGGGUUCAUUAGAAAAAAAAUACAACUCAACAAAGGUUUCACCAGCAGGGUGGAUUAUGAAAUGAAAGGUAUCUGAAGUACUAAGGAUGGGGAAGUGGGAACUAUAGUAGGAAAUUGUGGUGAGAUAGGGGAAAUCCCUCCUCCUGAGUCUUCCCCAACUGUUCUGAUUCACAGACCUGUCAUUCUUGUUUCAAAUUAUUCUCAACAAGUUUUGUGCCUUAGAACUUUGAAAAUAGGUCUGAAAGUUCUAAAACCUGAAUGGUACCUUGUUAAACCAGCCUCAGAGGAGCAUACCUGUAAUCCCAGCUGCUCAGGAGGCUGAGGCAAGAGGAUCGCAAGUUUGAGGCCAGCCUGAACAACUUAGCAAGACCCUCAGUAAUUUAGUGAGAGUCCAUCUCAGAAAAUAAAAAAGAUUGAGGAUUUUUCUCAGUGGUAAAAAUGCCCCUGAGUUCAAUCCUCAGUGCCAUAGUAUGAAAAGAGAGAGAGACAAACAGAAACACAGAGAAAGAAAUACCAAAUUAUGUCCAAAAAACUUGAAGUCUUGUUGGAGAGAUAUGCUACUCAUAGUCGGGCCUGUAAUCCCAGCAACUCUGAGGGCUGAGGCAGGAGAAAUGCAAUAUAAACUCCAGCCUGGGCAAGAUGUGGUGGCCUAUAUUCCGGAAGCCGGCAGAAGGAUCCCAAGUUUAAGACCAGCCUCAUCAACUUAGCAACACCCUGUCUCAAAAAUUUAAAAGGCAUAUGGAUAUAACUUAGUGGUAAAGCACCCUGGGGUUCAAUCCCCAGUACCAAAAUAAAUAAAAGAGAGCUGAGAAUGUAGCUCAGCAGUAGAGUGCCAUUGGAUUCAAUUUCCAGUACUUGGGGAGAAAAAAGACACAAAUGUUAAUAUUACUAGUAGUACAAGAUAGCUGAUAAGUAUCAGAGAUGAUAAUUGCUAAAGAGUUGAGCAGAAAAAAUCAUAUCUAUACAGGGUAGUCAGGAAAUUCUUCCAAGAGAAUCUGGGGGUCUUAUAAGAGAAAUUGGUAAAGGAACAAAAGAAUGGAAUAUCACUUGAAGAAAAACAAAAACCAAGAAAGAUUAAAAUGUUUCACAUGCAUGAGUACAUUACAAAGAAAUCUACUUAAGUUUUGUAGGGGUUACUACAUCUUUCUCCUUUACAUUAACUGUAUGGUUAAAAUAUUUAGCAAGAAAUCAGUCUAUUUUUAUACUAGCAGCAUUAUUUAACAUUAAUUACAUGAACAAACUAGUAUCCCUCACCAAAAAGUGUUUUAUAGUUCCAGAAGCAGAAUGAAAAUAUUAUUUUUAUUUCCUUUAUUUCAGUCACUGAUGUUAUUGCAUGACAUAUUUUAUGUAAUCCUCUCAUCAAACCCUUUUGAGAUUAACUAAAUCAGUAGAAUCUUGGGUUUAUAAGUGACAGAAAACUCGAUACAAAUUAUUUUUAAGCAAAAAAUAGAUUUAUAAGCUCAUGUUACUGAGAAGUUCAAUAGUAUUUUGACCUGACUUUUCUCCUGAUUUAAUACAGGACAUAUUUUUUUCUCUCAGUGCAUUUUCUCUCUGUUGACUUUUUCUUUUUUUUUUUAAUAUUUAUUUUAGUUUUAGGUGGACACAAUAGCUUCAUUUUAUUUUUAUGUGGUGCUGAGCAUCAAACCUAGUGCCUCACACAUGCUAGGCGAGCGUUCUACCACUGAACCACAACCACAGUACCCCCCGCCUUUUUUUUUUUUUUUUGGUAGUAGAGAUUUAAACCAGGGCCAUUGUACUACUGAGCUAUAUCCCCAGCCCUUUUUAUUUUUUAUUUUGAGACAGGUUCUUGCUAAGUUGCUUAGGGCCUUGUAAGUUGCUGAGAAUAGCCUUGAAUUUGGAAUCCUCCUGCCUCAGCCUCCCAAAUCUCUGGGAUUACAGGCAUACACUGCCUAUUGACUCCAUUCUUAAGCCACAUACAUCUUCUCAUGUAAUGCAAAAUUGUCAGAAUACCCAGCAUAUAUCCUAUGGAGUUCAAAAACAGUAACAAACUAGAAAAUAAUAUCUCUCUCUCUCCCAAGAGUCUAUUUUUAUAUUAGCAGCAUUAUUACUAGCAUACUAGCAGGAGAAGUUCCAUUGGCUCUCAUGGGGUGCUGUGCCUAUUCCUUAACCAAUCCUUGUAGCCUGAAAUGCUAGCAUUGGAUUGACCAAACCUGAGAUACAUACCACUCAGACAUAUACUACUCAGAGAUGGAGUGUAAUGAGAGCCCUAAAUUCAAAAUGAGGAGCAGUUACAGAAAAACAGCUUUCUGACAUUAAAAACAAAAAUAAACUAGCUCCCCUCGUUAGUCAGAGGAUGUACUUAUAGUUACAGAAGCAGAAAAUAAGCUAGUUGUCAAAGAUUACUAUCAUAUCUCCACUUUACAUGAAUAAGCUAAAAAGAGGUUAAAUAAUUUGCUGUAUGUCACAGGGCAAUAAGUGCUGAGUUAGGAUUUGAACCCCCAACUGGUCUCAAUCCCACAAAUAAAAAAUGGUUUUCAAUCCUGGUUUGCUUGAGAAUGAGCGAGGCUUUUUACAAACACAGAUGACUAAUGUCCACCUACCUUGAUCCCUGGUGAUUGAUCAUCUCUGCAGUGGAUCCAGCCAUUGCUUUUUUUCUCUUAAUAUGUAAAAAAACCCCAGCCUUACCUCAGAUUUUCUUAAGGAAAGCUUCUACUCUUAAAAUAUUUCUCUCCUUUCUAGAAGUAACCAAUAUCUUGAAAUCUGUGUUCAUCCUUCUCCUACAUAUAUUUUUGCUUUUUAUAUGUUUCCUUUAACAAUAUAUUAUGCUAUUUAAUGAAUUUUUAAAAGUUCCAUAAAUGCAAACACUAUCCAAAGGGUUUUGGUUUUUUGUUGUUGUUGUUGUUGUUGUUUGUGGUACUAGAGAUUAAACCUAGGGCCUUAUGCAUGCUAGGCCUGUGCUGUACCACUAAGGUAUUCUCCCAUCCCUUUUUAUUUUUUUAUUUUGAGACAUGGUCUCCUAAGUUGCGGAGGCUGGCCUCAAACUUGUUUUCCUUCUGUCUUAGCCUCUGGAGUAAGUGGGAUUACAGGCAUGAGCCAAUAUACCCUGCUCAACCUUUUUUUCCUUAAUAUUUUUGCUGGCCUCAAACUUGUUUUCCUUCUGUCUUAGCCUCUGGAGUAAGUGGGAUUACAGGCAUGAGCCAAUAUGCCCUGCUCAACCUUUUUUUCCUUAAUAUUUUUUUCAAAUUUAUCUAUGUUGAUUCUUGUAGCUUUUAUUCAUCCAUCUUAAUUUAAUGGCUUUACCUUAUUUAUCCACCCCCUUAUCAUUAGAUAUUUUGAUUAUAUGAACAAUGCUGAAAUUAAUAUAAUUGUACUUGUCUUCUACAGAGUGUUCUCUAGGCUUAUAUUUUGUAAAAUUCUUGAGUUGUAUGAUAUAUUUAGCCUCACUUGAUCUUCACAAAUUGCUCUCUGAAGUAAUUGCAGCAACUUAUGCUUCUACCACAGAUAUAAGAAUUCCUAUUGCACCAUUGUCUAGCCAACAUUUAGUAUAUGUCAAAUCUGUAAUUUUUUAAAUUUAAUAAAUAUAAAAUGGUUUUAUUAUUUUAA